AUGAAGACACGUCGUGCCUCUGCUGGACCAUCUAAAAUAACCGCUGGAGUGCGGACACGAAGAACAGCUCGUAUCGGUUCGCCUUCAUCUCGUAUUCAAAAUGAUGCUCCUACUGAUGACAAUGUUGGUGUUCAACCUGUUAUCCCUACCUCUGAAAAAGUGGACGAACCUCCGUCCAAAUCGAGACAAUCUGGCCAGAAGGUUUCUCUGAAGGAAGUAUGGACGGCGGAUGAUAGAAGAUUGUUCUUCCUAGGUGUUCGUUUGUAUGGACGUAACUUUAAUGAACUAGCGCGCUUCAUAAGAUCUCGAGGUCAUCGUACUGAUACCUACUCCACCAGUGCCACUGCCAACCAACCUUCUACCUCAGCUGAGGCUCCGAAGUCUACCUCUCAGUCAAUUGGAUCCACGGUCGUGAGGCCCGUUGCUGCGGCUGCUGGACUUUUGCCCACUAGCUCUACGAAUCAGCCAAAUGAUCAAGCAGGAUCGAUGGACGGCCGGACUAAGGAGCAAGUACGACUACUCUACCAUCAGACUUGGCACAAACUUCGGCGCUAUAUUAAGUAUCCGGACGAUGUUCCUCAACACGUCCGCGAGGUCUAUGCCAUCAUUAAUUGGUCCGUAAUGCGAUUUCGGAUUAAAAAAACUCUCGACAACCGACUUGGAGAAAAGCUAAAUGAACUUGUCCAUUAUGGGUCGACCUGUGUAAAGCACAAGGGUCGUCGUUUCCUUUUGCGCACUCCUGUGUGUCCUAUUUUGAAGCAGCUCAACCAUAUUUCUGCACCGUCUCAGGAGUUUACACUACCUGAAGAUGUGUGGGUGGAGCUAGUUCCAGCCACUCAGAUGGUUGCCUGGAGAGUGCUGCAAGCCGAACAAAAUCCUCGAUUACGACUCAAAACAGACAUCAAUCGUCAACUUUCAGACAUCAUCAGCCUAGCUGAGGCAAAGUGGAUUCUUCCCACCGACUUAAUUGUACGGCUCUGUUGA